AUGAAGUUCACCUCUGUCCUCGGCGCGCUGGGGGCUCUCGCCUCGGCGGCCACCGCCGUCAAGGUGAACCCACUUCCCGCCCCCCGCAACAUCACCUGGGGCUCCUCCGGCCCGAUUCCAGUUAAGCAGCUCUCACUCCGCACCUCCGAAAGCCACGGCCACGCCCAUUCCGUCCUAAACAGUGCCUGGGAACGCGCCCGGGCCGCCAUCGUCGACCUGCAAUGGGUUCCCGCCGCCACCGAAGCUCCCAUCUCUUCCUUCCAGCCAUUCCCGACCGGCUCAGUCUCGAAAAACAAGCGCGCCACCACCGCGGCCGCCAUUCAAUCCGUUCAGCUCUCCGUGGUUGACGGGAAUGCCGAUCUGCAGCACGGGGUGGAUGAGUCCUACACCCUGGAGGUGACGGCCACUGCCGGCACGGUCAAGAUCACAUCCCAGACGGUCUGGGGCGCACUUCACGCGUUCACAACCCUGCAGCAGCUCAUCAUCGCCGACGGCAAGGGCAAUCUGAUCAUUGAGCAGCCCGUCAAGAUCGAGGAUGCCCCCUAUACCCUCCCCAAGAUCCUCGAGCAGAUCAAUGGCAUGGCCUUGUCCAAGCUCAAUGUUCUCCACUGGCACUUGGACGACGCCCAGUCGUGGCCCAUGCAGAUGCGCUCCUACCCCCAGAUGACGAAGGACGCCUACUCAAGUCGGGAAAUAUAUUCGGAGGCGGACAUGCGCCGGGUGAUUGCCUAUGCACGUUCCCGUGGCGUUCGCGUUAUUCCCGAGGUCGACAUGCCUGGUCACGCGUCCUCUGGCUGGAAGCAGGUGGACCCGAAGAUCGUGGCAUGCGCCGACUCCUGGUGGUCCAACGACGUGUGGCCGCUGCACACGGCUGUCGAGCCGAACCCGGGCCAGCUGGACAUCAUCUAUAACAAGACGUAUGAGGUUGUGCGCAAUGUGUACAAGGACCUGUCGGGAAUCUUCGUGGAUAAUUGGUUCCACGUCGGCGCCGACGAAAUCCAACCAGGCUGCUACAACUUCAGCUCGUACGUCUCCAACUGGUUCGCUGAGGACCCCUCGCGCACCUAUAACGACCUCGCCCAAUACUGGGUGGACCACUCCAUGCCGAUCUUCCGCAGCACGGGUGGCCCCAAGCGUCGCGUCAUGAUGUGGGAGGACAUCUUCCUCUCGACUGAAGCCGCGUACGACGUCCCCAAGGACGUCGUGAUGCAGUCCUGGAACAAUGGCCUCACCAACAUCCAGAACCUGACCGCGCAUGGCUACGAUGUGGUCGUCUCCUCAUCGGACUGGCUGUACCUCGACUGCGGCUUCGGCGGCUUCGUGACCAAUGACCCGCGUUACGACUCCUGGCAGCGCAUCUACGACUACGACUUCACCACCAACCUGACCGCGGCGCAGGCCAAGCACGUUCUGGGCGCCGAGGCACCCCUCUGGUCCGAGCAAGUCGACGACAUCACCAUCUCCAGCAAGUUCUGGCCGCGCGCCGCCGCGCUUGGCGAGCUCGUAUGGUCUGGCAACCGCGAUGCCUCGGGCCAGAAGCGCACCACCCAGCUCACCCAGCGCCUGCUCAACUUCCGUGAGUACCUGGUAGCCAAUGGUGUGAUGGCGAGUGCGCUGGUGCCGAAGUACUGUCUGCAGCACCCGCAUGCAUGCGAUCUUUACUACGACCAGACGGCGGUCUCGCCCUAG